AUACCUACAGUUGGAUCAAGAUGCAGUCUGACCCAGCUCUUUUGGCCUCCUUUCUACUGCUGCUGCCCCUGGUGCUUCCAGGACAGCCUCAGCUGGUGAGAAAUGUAUUAAACUCUAUGGAUGAGAAUGGCACUUUCCAGUGUAUGGUCCAUCUACCCAACAACUCUAUCUUCCUGCAGCAGCUGGAACAGCUACAGAGUAUUUUACAGGAGCUCAUUGGCAAGUAUGAGCAAGAGCUUUCCAGGGCCAAGGAGUAUGUACAUGUCAUUGAGGAUCAAGACAGCCAGACUCUAGAACUGAGUCACAUGCUGGAGUCCAGGAAUCUGGGUGUCACUGUGUCCCAAUAUGACAAUCCAGCCUUCAACCUGCUACGCCUGGAGCUAGAAGGAGCACAAGAGCUGGCAGCUCAGCUUAAGGCUAUUGGAGGUGUCAGUGGAGCCACAGACCUCCUCCAUCAACUUCAGAACCAGGUGACCAACGCCAGUUUGACCCUGAAGCUUCUGGUCGACUCUGACCGCCAAAGCUUCCAUGCCCUCCGAGAGGAAGUGGACAUUCUUGAGGACCAACUAAGUGAGUGUGAGAGGGAAAAGGAACAGGAAGAGUCCUCCAGACACCCUGGUUCACCCCUGGCUCCUGGUUCCUGUGCUCAUGGAGGCCUGCAGAAAGUGAGCAGACCCCUUGUGGUAAAGCUCAACUGGAGGGGAUUAUCAUCUAAGGCAGGUGCCUGGGGUCGUGACUCAGCACCCAAUCCAGCUUCUUCCCUUUACUGGGUGGCUCCUCUGCGUGCUGAUGGCAGGUACUUUGACUACUAUAGGCUGCACAAAUCCUAUGGUGACCUCCUGCUGCUGAAGCACUAUGAGCAGUGGAAGAUGGGCUAUGGUGACGGCAGUGGCAAUACCGUGUACAAGAACUUCAUGUACUUUAACUACUAUGGCACAAGACACAUGGCCAAGGUAGACCUUUCCUCUAACACCCUAGUGCUGCGACGCCCAUUGCCUGGUGCCACCUACAACAACCGCUUCUCAUAUGCUUGUGCGCCUUGGACUGACAUAGAUUUUGCUGGUGAUGAGAAGGGACUGUGGGUGUUCUAUGCCACAGAGGAGAGCAAAGGGAAUCUGGUUGUAAGUCUUCUCAAUGAUAGCACCCUAGAAGUUGAGCAAACGUGGUACACCAGCCAGUAUAAGCCUGCUCUUUCAGGGGCCUUCAUGGCCUGUGGGGUGCUGUAUGCUUUGCGCUCACUAAGCACUCGUCAAGAGGAAAUAUUUUAUGCUUAUGACACAACCACUGGGCAGGAACACCACCUCAGCAUCCUGUUGGACAAGAUGCUGGAAACUCUGCAUGGCAUCAAUUACUGCCCUUGGGAUCACAGGCUCUAUGUUUAUAAUGAUGGAUUCUUAAUAAAUUAUGAUCUCACCUUCCUGGCACUAAAGCCAAAGGUACCAAGCUCUCCCAUGAAAAGGCCUUCUGGGGUUCCAGCUCCAUCCAAACCUAUCAAGUUCAACAAGACAUAGGACAUUCCAUAACUGUCCUCCCCUUCCUCCCCUCUAGAAGGACAACUUCCUUAAUAGCUAUCCACCCAAAUGAUUGAAGUACACUGAUUAAUUUUGUUUUGUAUGUAAUCACUAUCUCAGUCAACACAUUAAGGUGCUAAUAAUGGCCUGGAACUGAUUAAGAAACAAAAUACCUUGUUAGUUAGGGAGGGUUUGGGAUGUAACUGAGUGUUGAAUCAUGUGUUUAGCAUGUACCAGGCCCUAGAUUCAAUGCUUAGCACAGUAGGUGGGAAGAAAACUCAUUAUUCAAUCCUCAGCACUAAAAUAAAUAAAUAAAUAAGUAAAACAAAAAAUUAGCUACAGAAAUGUUGCCCCCCCCUUUUUUUCUGAUGCUUGCUCAUCACGCUUUAAAAAUUAUCAGGCUAGUACACAGAAUUCUAGGAUAACAUGACCUUUAGUUCUCAGGGUUGAGUGAAUCUGGCGUCAGCAUAGAAGAUCCAUGGAAGUUGGUAUUGAGAGUGAGGUACAGAAGUUUCCUCUCAGAUCUCCAUAUUCUUGAAAGGUUCUGCAGAGAAGGGAGGCAGAAUCUUGGUCUGAAGAUAAAUUCUUCACUGACCUCAACUGAUCUUAAAUUUGAGUAAAACUGGAAGAGGCAGUUGGGCCUGACUGUGUUCUAGGAUGUCAGACAGUAUUUGUAGCAUGGGAUAUGGAUGGGACUGUGGGUCAAGACGUUCUCAAUAAAGACUUCUUGGUGUGAUUGCA